AUGUCAAUUACGUCUUUGCGGAUUCCUUUUUCUAGAAAUGGAGUUUUAUCUAAUCAAAAUUGGGCGUCUUUAAACACGGAUCAUAUACUGUUUAUAGAUGCUGCUUUCAAGAAAGAAGACUUAUCAAUGGGAUUCGCGUUUACUUUAUUUUUAGUAGAUCAAGAGGAAUUUAUGCAUAUCGAAGCGGGUUCAGAUAAAGCAUUGACAACAGUUCAUACAGAAGCAAAAGCAAUGCUAAAAGCUACAUCUUGGUUAAGAGAUACUACCUCCGUUUUAGGAAAAGCCAUUCCUUGGAAAGCUGAAAAUACAAUUAAAGAAGUUGAAGAGAUCUUGGAAACGCUCCCACAAACUAAGGACGGGACCCGAGCUGACAUAAAAAUAAUUCUCGGAGGGGAUCCAGAUUCCAGACUCCAGAGAGCCCUGGUUCCGCAUUUGCGAAUUCCUCUUCAUAUCUUUUUGGAGAAAACGAAGAAACCAUCAAAAACUUUCAGACUGAAUGAUCCAACAAUCGACAGCGGAGAGAACAGAGAAGUAAAGAUUCCAAUGUCUGGACGAGAAGGUCGUGAAUCAGAUACCAAGCGUAGUUCCCAUCUCGAAAGAGAAUCAAGCUCCAAGAGAUCAAGGAGAGAUGGCAAGCCAGCAACAGAGAGAACGUCUUCUCAUAACUUGGAUGGUGAGGAAGGUUUAGAUCAGGAUAAAAAGAGUCACCGGGGAUUGAAGGAUGCUUUACCUCUUGAGACUGCACAUGUGCCUGAGUCGAAGAUUGAACCUGAUAACGUGAACAAAGAGUUGAGCAAGAGUGCUGAUGGAAAGGUUGGCGCCAAACAUUCCUCUGGGGCAACUGAGAUCCCUCGACCUGGAUCAUUUUUUGAGCACGAUGAACCUGGUAGUGCGGCACAAGGUGGCCGAAGGUUUAGUCGCAGAGAUAGUACUGAUCAUGGACAUGUCAGCAACCCGAAGGACAGGUCAAGUGAUAGGAAUGGAAGAGACAGGAGAACUGUGCACAAUUCGACACAAAGAGGUGACAGGGCCCAAGGUCGGAGAGAUGAUAAAGUUUGGCGUCACGACGGAUACGUAGAAUUGGAGUCAGAUAAACCAACCCCCGCAAGGAAAAGGCCAGCAUUCCAGGAGAAGAAGAUGGAACCAGAACCCAGCAAUGCUGUUGGUAGAACAGCAACUACAGAAUCUGCUAGGGCUGAUCGUCCUCCAUCUGGAAAUUCAAGAAAGGAUGAAAGAGGAGACCGCUCUUACCGUGAAUUGGACAGAUCUGAGAGACCAUUCACUUUAGACCUAGCUGUACCACAUAAUAGGACUGGGUUUCCUUCUAGAGAGCGAGAAAGGUAUGGUGGCAGCAGAGGUGGAUAUAGGGGACGAGAUGGGCUUAAUGAAAGGCAUGGGGAAAGGAAUGAGUAUCGUAGUCGGCCAACCAGUUUUAGAGCAGAGAAGUGGAAGCAUGAUCUGUACGAUGAGGCUAACAGAAGUCCAACUCGGAAGAACGAAGAGGAUCAGAUUGCGAAGGUUGAAGCUCUCCUGGCUUUGUAACAAAUUUUCAGUUCAUUCUCUUCCAUGUUAUCUGUAAGUUUUUUCUUUUAGCUUUUUGAUAAUCUAGUGGGCGAUGUGAUUAAGAAGUUGAUAUAUUUUGGUUUCUGCACUGGUGAUGAACCAAAAUAUCCCCACUGAAUUAUUCCAGUUUUUUGAACUGAUAUAUUUCCAUCAUCCAUUUACUUUAGCGGCAAAAGUAACAACUCUCUUCCAUCAAAUGUGUACUCUGAUUAAUUC